UCUAGCUUCGCUCUUCCUGUGUUACCGCCCUUGGGCUGAGUGAGAGAAAUCAAGCAGUGAAGACAUCGCAUUCAUUGGGAGGACUGGCGAUAUUUGGUGACUCCUUAGUUAGGUCCCGUUAGCCUCAGGUAGCCUCUCCCUGGUCUGGAGCAGUGUGCGGAAGAAACAGUGUGGCUGUGGUCUGCUGUCCAGUGUUGCUUAGCGAGCUAUAGCCGGCACCAUGGCGUUGUCGUACAAGAAGGACCUGGACAAGUACAAGGAUCUCGACGAAGAUGAAAUCCUCAACAAGCUGUCGGCGGAGGAACUCAAACAGCUGGAGACGGCCCUCGAGGAGAUGGACCCUGAGAACGCUCUCCUCCCAGCGGGUUUACGUCAAAAGGAUCAGACAACUAAGCAAGCAACAGGAUCAUUCAACAGGGAAAGCCUCCUCAAAUAUCUGGAGAAGGAAGCCAUGGAGCACAAGGACAGAGAGGAUGUAGUGCCCUUCACUGGAGAGAAAAAAGGUAAAGUAUUUGUUCCCAAGCAGAAACCAAUAGAAACACGCCAGGACGAAGUCACAACUCUCGAUCCAGAGUUGGAGGAAGCCCUAUCCAGCGCCACAGAUACAGAACUGUGUGAUCUAGCAGCGAUCCUGGGUGUUCACACACUGGUCACCAGCACUCAGACAUAUGAUGGAAGUGGAAGUAAAGAGGGUUACAACAAUGUGAUCAAAGGGGAGAAGAUGAACCCAGUGUUUGAUGAGCCUCCAAAUCCCACCAACGUAGAAGAAACUCUGCAGAGGAUAAAAAGCAACGACAGCUCCUUAACAGAGGUCAACCUCAACAACAUUAAGAACAUUCCAAUUCCCACACUGAAGGACAUCGCCAAAGCCAUGGAGAACAACACACACGUCAAGAAGUUCAGCAUGGCGGCAACACGGAGUAACGACCCAGUCGCUGUGGCGUUCAGUGACAUGCUGCGGGCCAACAAGACGUUGCGAAGUUUGAACUUGGAGUCCAACUUCAUCACCGGGGCGGGGGUUCAGGCUGUGGUCGACGCGUUGAGAGACAACGACACACUCACAGAGAUCAAGAUAGACAACCAGAGGCAGCAGCUGGGCACCACCAUAGAGAUGGAGAUAGCCAAAAUGUUGGAAGAGAACAACAGCAUAGUGAAGUUUGGCUACCACUUCACCCAGCAGGGACCUCGCUCCAGAGCUGCUGCAGCUAUCACCAAGAACAACGACCUGGUCCGCAAGAGGCGAGUGGAAGGCGACCUGUAGGGCCGGAGCCCGCCACGUCUCCCAGCCAAUCCUGUUGUUUCAUCUCAACGUGUGGAAUAAUUUCAGCCAAUGCCCUGGUCUCAUCUCACUGUGUGGAAACUUUAGUCUUGUGCCAAACUAUGGGGCAAGGCGCGCUCAACCAGAACAUACAUCUGAGAAGAAGGGAAAUAACUGGAAUAGCCCUCUCCCAUACACAUGUCCAUACGUAUGUUUAUUAUUAUUAUGUUGUUGUUUAUUGAAGGUGUAAAUCUGAUUAGUUUUUAGUCAUUUCAUUUCAGCUGCUCCUUUUUUUUCUUUUUUUGAGCCUUCAUUUGAUCUGUCCAGACUUUUUACUUGCUCUUUUUCCUUUUGUACUUUGCUAUAAUCCUUUGACGUAAACACGAACAUUACCAAGUAACAGAAAACAACAAUAACAGCUUUGUGAAAAAGAAUAAUUAACAUGGAUAAACACCUGUACCCUCAACCGUGAUAGUGUGCUGUUUAGGCUUAAGCCUCCAGUGGAGUUCUGGUAUUGACCUAGCAGAACAUGUCAUUUGGAAAAAGGGGAAGCCAUACAGCCACAUCUACUAGCCAGUAAAACAUGUCUGACCAUAAGAUAACACAAGUAAACAAAAGGUAACAUCAGUCACUGUUUAAUAACCUGCUCGCUAACUCUUUUUUCUAAUGUUGCUGAUCAGGGGCCUCAUUACAGAAAGAACCCUAAGGGCUGGAAAUUGAAAGCUAACAGGCUAACAUCAGUGUUAGCUUCUCUUAUGGGGGAACAUCAGUCUUAGCCUCUCCAACAGGCCCCAGUCAACAUUAAUUUCUCCAGCAGGCAAAAAAUAAGAUUUUGUUUGCUUGUCCAACACGAUCGUCAACAUCAGAGCUACAACGGGCUAAACCUCAGUCUUAGCUUCACUAGAAGGCGAAACAUAAUUGACGGCCGUCUUUUACAUUAAAUUUAGGACUCGGUCUGUGCCAUCCAAACUGAUUAUUCACUUCAGACGGUUCUGUCCUUAAUCCUUGAUGUUAAUGUCAAUAAGAUUUUCAGACUUAAGAAGUUUUUUAUAACGAGGCCCCUGAUUGCUGUUGUACAUUCCAUCUGCAUGUUGGUUUGCAGGUGUUGUUUAUUGGAGUUGCCUUGUAAAAGCCAGGCUGACUGUCUGCCUGGUGUGUCUAACGGUUAAAUAUGUGCUGAUCUCAUGCCGUAGUCAGCGCAAGAACAGACUCUGACUCACGCCCUUAUUUGAAUUUAUUGCUGUAAGUAUCAAUGCACAAUGUUUUAUAUUACUUACUUACUGUUUAAAUAUCUUUUUUUCAUACGGUUCAAAUUCAGAUUUUGGUUAUUCUGAUUACUUAUAUCCGGUUUCAAGUAAAAGCGGGAUUGUUGCUGUGAAAGGAACAGGAUAUUAACCCCAGUGUGGACUGAAGAGGCUGUGAUCUGCUCUCAUAAGGGAUUUUCUCUGAUUCUUAACCAUGCCAAAGACUAACAAAUGCAGACCUUAAAGCAUCAAUAUUGAACUUUGUGGUUUUUGAUUCUGGUUUAAGCCUCCUCAACACAGAUCUGGUUAAGGACGAUAGUGAUAUAGACAUUUUUUACAUCAUGACGUUAAAUUUUGCUUCAUCAUUGUAGGCCAUUUAUAGCACCAAGUCCUUCUCUAAGAUGUGAGGAAGAGUUGGCAAACAGCUUGUGUGAAUCUUCUCGGGUUGCGAAUACUUGUGAAAUGUUUCUAUGAACGAGAGCUCCCAGAUAGAAAGUCAUUUACAGAUUGUUGAUUUUACUUUCCUUCACUCCCUCACACCAACACUUUCACUAGGCUUUCAGCUGUAGCAGGUCAUUCAUUAUGUAACAGGUGACAACAUGCUGUGUGCCUCAAAGUGAACUUCCAUGGGUACACUAACCUGCGCAACAAACAUGUAAAAGGACUUAUUUCAGGAGUUACUUGAAACUUGUAAAUACUGUUUAUGUGUAAUAGGAACAAUAUACUGGCAUGAAGUCUUCGCUUGUGAGCAUCAUGUUUCUGUCGACCAAAAAUGCUCCUUCAUCGUAACAGCCUCACAUUCCUCGGACAAGAGCUGUACGGCUGAGUUCAGUACUUUGGGGUUUUUAUAUCUGUGUACUUCUGCCAUCUGCGAGUAUUCCUCUCUGAACCUUUUUGUUUUUACAUUCCUGUGAUGGUCAGCUAAAGUGGAAAACUGCUUCUUUGCUCGGGCUUGUUAUUGAGAAUAUUCUGUGACUCAUAAUACUGUAUGUAUAUUAACUGUAAAAUGCCAUCUCAAGUGCACACAGAACACACACUUUUACUUGUGCACCACAUAAAUCUGCACAAGUCGUCGCUGAGAUGUUUUUUUGUACCUUAAAUCUGAACCCAGGUAUAUACUCGACAUAAGGAAUAUGUAAAAUCACAAUAAACUGGUAAAAUGCACUGCUGAAUAUAAAACAUCCUCAACAAUAAAUGUUUUUACAUACUCUUUG